UCAGUCGCCAAAGAGGAAAACAGCCGCUUCCGUGUUGCUUCUUGUGUUUUUCUGGCCUCAGCUCGCCCGACGGCCCCUCCGGAGGCUGCGGGUCAUGAUCCAGUGAUCUCUCUCUCCCUCUCUCUCUCUCUCUCUCUCUCUCUCUCUACACCAUGUCUCUGCUGCAGAGCUCCAAGAAGAAGGACAAACGCGUGCUCUCCGGUACCUGUCCGGACCCCAGGUGUCAGGCGCGGCUGUUCUUCCCCGCGCACGGCUCCGUCAGCAUCGAGUGCACGGAGUGCGGCCAGCGGCACGAGCAGAGGAACCUGACCAGCGUGGAGGAGGUGACGGACCCGGAUGUGGUUCUGCACAACCUGCUCAGGAACGCCCUGCUGGGGGUCACCGGGGCCCCCAAGAAAGGCACGGAGCUGGUGAAGGUGAUGGGGCUGUCCAACUACCACUGCAAGCUGCUGUCCCCGGUGCUGACCCGGUACGGCAUGGACAAGCAGACCGGGAAGGCCAAGCUCCUGAGGGACAUGAACCAAGGCGAGAUGUUCGACUGCUCCCUCCUGGGGGACCGGGCCUUCCUGAUCGAGCCGGACCACGUGUCCACCAUGGGUUACGGGAAGGACCGGUCCGGGAGCCUCGUCUACCUCCACGACACCCUGGAGGAGGUGAAGAAGGCCAACGGCGACGGGGAGUGUUUGAUUCCGGUCCACGUGGACGGAGACGGGCACUGCCUGGUCCACGCCGUGUCCAGGGCGCUGGUGGGCCGGGAGCUGUUCUGGCACGCCCUGAGGGAGAACCUGAAGCAGAACUUCAAGCAGAACCUGGACUGCUACAAGGCGCUCUUUCAGGAUUUCAUCGACGCGGCGGAGUGGGAGGACAUCAUCAACGAGUGCGACCCCCUCUUCAUCCCGCCAGAGGGCGUCCCGCUCGGGCUGCGCAACAUCCACAUAUUCGGUUUAGCCAACGUCCUGCACCGACCCAUUAUCCUGCUGGACUCCCUGAGCGGGAUGAGGAGCUCCGGGGAUUACUCGGCCACCUUCCUGCCAGGUCUGGUGGCCGAGGAGCAGUGCCGGGGGAAAGACGGGAAGCUCAACAAACCCAUCUGCAUCGCGUGGAGCAGCUCGGGACGGAACCACUACAUCCCCCUGGUGGGAAUCAAGAACACGGUGCUGCCCACGCUGCCGGCCCGCCUGCUGCCGAAGGCCUGGGGCGUUCCGCAGGAGCUCAUCAGGAAGUACAUCAAGCUGGAACCGGACGGGAGCUGCGUGAUCGGCGGCGACCGCAGCUUGCAGGACAAAUACCUGAUGCGGCUGGUCAACGCCAUGGAGGAGGUGUUCAUGGAGAAGCACAGCAUCCACCCGUCGCUGGUGGCCGACGUGCACCAGUACGUCUACAGGCGCACCGGCGUGAUCGGCAUCCAGCCCGAGGAGGUGACCGAGGCGGCGAAGAAGUCGGUGACGGAGAACCGGCUGCACCGCUGCCUGAUCUGUGGCGCUCUCUCCGAGCUCCACGUCCCGCCGGAGUGGCUGGUUCCCGGCGGGAAGCUCUACAACUUGGCCAAAUCCACCCACGGCCAUCUGCGGCCGGACAAGAACUACAGCUUCCCCCUCAACAACGUGGUCUGCUCCUACGACCCCAUCAUGGACAUCCUCACCCCGGAUUAUAAACUCAGCUCCCUCAACACCUGCAACUGGUGUCACGGCACGUCGGUGCGCCACAUCCGCGGCAACGGGGUGGUGGUGUACCUGGACGGGGAUCGGACCAACACCCGCUCCCAGGGCGGGAAGUGCGGGUGCGGCUUCAAGCACUUCUGGGAGGGGAAGGAGUACGACAACCUCCCGGAGGCCUUCCCCAUCACGCUGGAGUGGGGGGGGCGGGUGGUGAGGGAGACGGUGUACUGGUUCCAGUACGAGACCGAGCCGGCUUUGAACAGCAACGUGUACGACGUGGCCAUGAAGCUGGUCACCAAGCACUUCCCGGGGGAGUUCGGCAGCGAGAUCCUGGUGCAGAAGGUGGUGAACACCAUCCUGCAUCACACCGCCAAGAAGAACCCGGACGAGUACAACCCGGUGUCCAUCGCCGGGGCCCACGCCCAGCGUCUCACCGACGGCGUGGAGACGGCGCCGGACUCCCAGCCGCCCACCAAGAUCAUCCUGACCGGGCAGAAGACGAAGACAAUCCACAAGGAGGAGCUGACGAUGAGCCGGGCGGAGCGCAGCAUCCAGCAGAGCAUCAGCGAGCAGGCCCUCGUCAGCCAGAAGAGGCGGACCGACAAGCUGAAGCAGGAGCAGAAGGUCCGGACGUCCUCCGCCGCCGGGUCAACGGAAACCUCCUUGUCCUCCUCCGCUCCGGCCACGCCCACCAAAUCCUCCACCCCGCCGUCCAAUAAGGAGAAGAAGAUCCGCGUUACCACCAGCGACGGCAGGCAGGCCAUGCUGACCCUGCAGGUCAACACGACCUUCUCGGAGCUGCAGAGGAGCAUCGCCGCCCAGUUUGGCGUGCCGCCGGCGCAGCAGUGCAUCCGCCACGGCUUCCCGCCCAAAGAGCUGCCCCCUCCGAAGGACGGCGAGGAGAACGAGCCGGCGGCGCUGCAGCACGGCGACCGGGUGACGGUGGAGAUACUGAGGGCGCCUGAGGACAAGGGCCCCGUUGCCGCCGUGCCCAAAGCGUCCGGGUCGCACGCCGCCGCCCUGCACGCGGCAAAGAGCGAGGACGCCGUGACGUCAGGCAGGACGGGCGGCCGCGAACUCCAGGACAGCAUCGACCUUGAGAUGUCCUCGCUCUGUCUCCUAGCAACCUUGAUGGGUGAGGACGUUUGGUCGUACGCAAAGAAGCUGCCUCACUUAUUCCAGCAGGGAGGCGUCUUCUACAACAUCGUGAAGAAGGACAUGGGCCUGAUGGACGGGAAGCACUGCACGCUGCCUCACCUGACGGGGAAAACCUUUGUUUACAACGCAGCGGAUGAACGUCUGGAGCUCUGCGUGGACGCCGCCGGCCACUUCCCCGUCGGCCCCGACGUGGAGGAUCUGGUGAAGGAGGCGUUGGUCCAGCUGCGCUCCGAGACGGCCACCAGGGGCAGCAGAGAGGGCAGCCCCUCCCACGGCGUUCUGCGCCUCGGCAGCGGCGGCGUCGUCCGAAAGAAGGAGCAGCUGCAGAGCGUCACCGCCUUCCAGGGCAAAGGCCACUCUCUGGGCAGCGCCGGGGGCUCCUCCCCUCCGGAGCACCGGCCUAUCACGCGCCAGCACAGCAGCGGCGUGGACCUGAGCGCCAGCGUGUCCCGGGCCCGCCGGACCUGUCGGACAUCCGAGGACGCCACCAGGGAGCUGGUCCGCAUGGCUCCGGGCUUCGUCACCACCAAGGACGGCCGCGGCCUGGACCCCGACCUGAUGGAGCAGCAGCGGAGGAAGCUGCAGGAGAUGGUCUCCUCCAUCCAGGCCUCCAUGGAGCGCCACCUGAGGGAGCAGCAGAGCGCCGGCGCUGCAGGGGGCGGGACUAAAGCGGGAGCGAGCCAACCGACGCCCACGCUGGACGACGAGCGUCCGGCUGCGGCGGGCGCGGCGACGGGGGCCGGCAAACCGGACAAGAAGACGGAGGAGCCGGAGGAGAUGGAGAGUCAGGACGGCGAGCAAAGCGCCGCCACCGAACCCAUGGAUCACUCCUGAUCACUCCUGACCCCCCAGCAUCGCCCCCUCGCUGCCCCCCCGCCCCGCCUCGCCGGCAUUCUUCGGGUCAGAACGCCUCAGGUCGGACGCUAAAGCUUUUGGUCCUCAUCGUGUGUCGUUGUCUUUGCUGCAUGACUAAAGAGCGAGCCGACCGUUCUCACCUCUCCGCGGUGGGCCGAUAAUCCUCGAGGCGAUUCACGGAGAGACUGGCCGUCUUCACUCUCACGACUCCAUCACACACUCCAUGUCGCUGCGCGUGUGUUUGAACUCACCUCCGGCUCUCUUCUCAGCUGUCCUCACGCGAGACCAAAUAAUAAACACAACGUUUGAUUGAUUCCUGCUUCUGAAAGAAAAAUAUUUUGCCUUUUUUGACAUGCGUUUUUUUCCUCGGUCGAUUCCAUCGCAUCGUAAACGAAGAUAUUGCGUCGCGGUGACGGGGUCGUAUGUAUAGACCCGCCUGCAGACGUCCGAUCCUUUAAAUAUCCAAAUGAGGGUAACGGCGCUCAGAGUUUCAUUCCUUUAUAUACAAAGAAUACUCUGAGACUUAAUCUGCCGGGAGGAGAGCCACCGGGAGGAGAGCCACCGGGAGGAGAGCCACCGGGAGGAGAGCCACUGCAGACAUUCUUCUGUCAGAGUGCACUAGCCUCUGAACGCAUCUACGCCUUCAUCGCUCAUGUCUGCUUUUCCCAUGGCGGUGGCGUGGAGGGGGGGACUCUGGAUCUGUGUUUGCUUGACUGCCUGACUUGACCUGAUAUUUUAGUCUAGUCUCUCAACUUAAAGUUGACAUUUAACGUGAUUGAUGUGAAGCACCUGAAUGCAGCGUCAGACCGAGCUGAGCCACCUGCAGGUCGAGAGCGUCACUGUUUCCGUUUAUUUAUUUUUCUUCACGUUUCAAACCCUCUCGAAUGUUAGUUGUGGUGUUCGGUAACACAGUGAUGACCUCAUGCGUCCCCUUAAUACACAAUAAUCAGUUUGGACGAGUUUCGUUGGCCGAUAAGAAACAACAAAGAUGUGAUUUGUCAUUUAGAAUCAGCAGAGAGAAGUUUGUUUUUACGACAUUCACACGGCUCCUUUAUGACCAAAUAUCCUCAUGAAAAUGUUUUAUGUUUAAAAAGAGGAACACUGGCCGAUAUUUCAUUAACUGAUCGUUGAUAUUGGCCUUAAGAAGACGUCAUUAUUUGUUCUCCAGCUGGUAAACGAAAGCCAAACUAAAACAAAUGGAGGUUGACUCUGGAUGUUUGACCUGUGAGCUCUGCUGUUCAUUAAAUCCUUCACACACUGAAUGUUCAUUUGCAGAACAGCAGACUGCUUCUAAUCAAUACGAUUAAAGACGCAUGUGUCUGAUGGUCAAGUGCCUGAAAAUCCUUCAUGUGUCGCCACGAACAUGUUGAAUACAUGUUCCUUUAUUUAAGUCUUCAGCCGUACGCGGCUUUAUGUUUCAGCCGGCGGUCAGAGUGACAGUGACGCUACAAAACACAUUAAGAAAAGUUUAACGCUCGUUUCCUGCAGGUGGCACGACUUUAAAACGGCUGAGGUUUUUCUUUCUUACAAGUCAAAAUUGAAACACGGUAGAAUUAAAACCGCUCGCCUUUUUAACAAAAGAAAACAACGAUGAGUUUGUCUCGUGGGCUCUACAAGCUACAACAGAGCUUUCUAUGUUUUAUAAGUUUAUUUUGUUUGUCUUCAGUAUUGAUUCAGUUUUUUUUUUGAGAAAAUGUCAGAAAAUAAUCUGUUUUCUAAGCAAGGAAAGCUGAAGGUGUGAAUAAGUGGGUGAGUUUAAAGCCAAAAAGAGGUGCUUCACAUCUGAAAAACCCAAAACGCGAGUGAAUAAGUCGACUUAUAGUAAUUGCACUCUUGACUCCAAAAUAUAAAAAUGCUAAAAGUUUCUUUAGUCAAGAAUAAUAAUCAGUUCUUUUCAAAUCUUCUUUUUUAAACCAGUGUAAAGCUCCAUUGAGAUGAAGGAGGAUGUUUCUCUGCUGAAGCUUCGUGACUUUUGUUCUGUUUCUGAUCACAAACAUGGAAUAUUAACCUCUUCAUGUCCUAACGCAGUGCAGCAACGGAGCUGAACUCUGACCUUUGAGACCCAAAUAGGAAGUGACCACGAGGACGUGAUGUGACCGAACCUUUAAUGUUUGAGACGUCCCAUUUAAAAAAAUAAAAAAAGAAAGAAGUUUAUAAACAGUAUGUUGAUCUGAGAUUUGCUCACAGAGCUUCUGUGCUAUGCAGAGUAAAUCUUCACUGAUCGUCCACAUAUGUACACAGCAGAGAGUUUAAUGUGAAACGUCCACAGAGAACUUCAUUAUUAUUUUCUCUGCUCUCUUCUGUGGUAAGAAAAGCAACAGACGCGUCUUCAGAAGCAUCUAAUCACAGCUUCAGAGCUUCUCAUCAAACAUCAGUCAGGUGACACACGUUACGUUUCCCUCAUAGUUUGGAUCAAAUCUUGUUCUUGUUUACGCCGUUAUGAGAGAGUAGAGCGAGUAUGAAGGAAGUCUAACGCGCUGCAGGGACAAACGGCAGAACGAUGUUUGAGUUUCUGUCCAGUUUCCAUCCGGGUUCGUCUCUUUAAUUAUUUACAGCGGCAGAAUUAAAGCGUCUUUGUCUUCAUUCCUAAACUUACUGAAGGUUUUAUCAAACAAACUGCUGCUUGUAUCGUGACUUUGAUUCUGUUGAAGACUGAACAAAACACGUUUACGCACUUUGAAAUCUUUUCAUCAAUUAGAAUUUUGGGCCGAAGUAACAAGAAUAGAAAUUUUGUGAGUUCUUUGGAGGCAGAAAUUGUUUUCGCCGGGACAAGAAAGAUGUGCAUUUCAUUUGCUGACGAGGACAGAAGCUUUAUUAUCUAUUCAUCGAUUCAUAAAACUGCUGCCGAAAUCGACUGCAGAGGAUUGAUGAGGAAUCCAUGACUUUGUUUGUCCUGAUUAGAAGCUUAUAAAAGACCUCUGAAACUGUUUUCCCAGCAUCCUUUGUGGCAUCUCUCACUGCAGUGAAUGCGUUUAGCUAAAGAGCAAGAGAUCCAACCAAACCACAGAAGUUCAGAGUAAAAUGCUUAUUCUCCUUGUUGAGAGCUAACUUUGGUUUGGUUAGCUUAGCUUAGCUUAGCACAACGACUGGAAACGGGGGGAAAACGGCUAGCCUGUCUCUGUCCAAAAGUAAAAAACAGGGUAAAAACUAGACUUUAUGCUAAGCUAAGCUAAUCACAAACCAUCACAUGACAACAUAUUGAACUAUUCCAUUUUUAUUUUUUUUUGUUGCUAACUAAAAGUUGUUGGACAUCUCUUUGGAGGAACUGGUCGUCAGGCCUUAACAUCUCUUUGUUUAACACUCAAUUAGUUUUACAAUGAAAUUGACUUUAAAUGAGUUGCUUUAACCUUUAAAAUCCAUUUAUUUUGACCCGAAUCCUGUUCCAUUUUUAAAUUUGGACUUUUUGGUUCUCUUGUUUUUUAGGGCGAAAAACAAAUCUCUAGUCUCAGAAUGUGAAUGAGUCCUUUUUUGUUUUUUUUUGGUCUCUCUGAGGUUUAUUUCUUUUAAGUUGAGGUGAACAAAUAUGAGACUCUGCACUUUGUUUGAGGGGGAAAAAGAGGGAAUUGUUAGCGUCGCAUGCUAACGAAGCGAGUCGGUGGGAAGGAGACGCUGCUGUAACAGACUUGAAGUUUUUCUUUGUGACUGCUGUACACUGACAUGAAUUGUAAUCCAGUUGUAUAAUAGUAAAUAUUGUAGUAUAUUUGGACCUGUACAGAAACACAGAUUGUUCAGUUCCUUCAGUUCUUUUUUUUUUUUUUUUUCUCUGGUUUGCUAAUAAAAUAUUGAUGAUACACGGCUUCGACAUUGCUGUUUGCAUGUGUGAUGAGUUUUCAACCCCAACAAUAAAAUCACUUCCUUCACUUG